CGCUCUGCGCCGCUUCCGGGCCUCGCUGGGGGGCGGCGCCAUGGCGGCCGUGGAUGUGAGAGAUAACCUCUUAGGAAUUUCCUGGGUGGACAGUUCCUGGAUUCCAAUCCUAAACAAUGGGAGUGUGUUGGACUACUUCUCGGAGCGAAGUAACCCAUUCUACGACCGAACGUGUAAUAAUGAAGUUGUCAAAAUGCAGCGAAUGACCUUGGACCAUCUGAACCAGAUGGUUGGAGUGGAGUACAUUCUUCUUCAUGCUCAAGAGCCUAUUCUCUUCAUUAUCCGAAAGCAGCAAAGGCAAUCUCCAACACAAGUUAUUCCAUUGGCUGACUACUACAUUAUUGCUGGAGUGAUUUAUCAGGCACCUGAUCUAGGGUCUGUCAUUAAUUCCAGAGUUCUCACUGCAGUGCAUGGAAUUCAGUCUGCUUUUGAAGAAGCAAUGUCCUACUGUCGCUAUCACCCAUCAAAAGGCUAUUGGUGGCACUUCAAAGAUCAAGAGGAGCGAGAGAAAGCUAAACCAAAAGCCAAGAAGAAAGAAGAACCAAGUUCUAUUUUCCAAAGGCAACGGGUAGAUGCUUUGCUUCUAGACCUAAGACAAAAGUUUCCACCCAGAUUUGUUCAGCAAAAGCCUGGAGAAAAACCUAUCCCAGUGGAUCAAAUCAAGAAGGAACCAGAACCAGUCCCUGAAGCUGUCAAGCAAGAGGAAAAAGAGACUGUAAAGAAUGCUCAGCAGAGUGCUAGCGCUAAAGGACCACCUGAAAAACGGAUGAGACUCCAGUGAAGGGAGAAGUUGUUACACGUCUGGAUUAGUAGCUGGAAAACAGCAGAUUCCUGCUCCCCUAUCUUCAUAUUUAAGCUCUUCAACUAAGACUGACAAUUCAGGGAUUGAAGUCCCUGUAACAGCUUUUUCUGUAGAAGCCUGUCACAAAAAUGUUAAUGGCAGGAUGCAAGUUGCCUCAAAGAAGGUGUUUUCAGUUUUUGUCUAAUUUUGAAUGUUGACUCCUGGGAAUGGGUCUUACAGGGAUGUAUUUUGCGGUCUCCUGAAAGCUACAAACCCCUUCAUCCCUUGUGUCUUGGUUUCCUAUGUAAAAAGAAAAAACUUUUAUUAAAAAAAUCUGAAUUCUCAGCAAAUAAAAUCUUGGCUGCUACAA